AUUAUCUAGCUUUACGUCAUUUCCCCCAGUUUCAAAAUGGAUUCCAGUGGCUUGAAGCUCAGCUUUUGGGAGAAUGGACCCAAACCCGGUCAAUUUUACUCUUUUCCUGGCAACAGCAGCAACACAACUCCUGGUUGUGGGCCGGUUAGGCACACAUUAAACCCAAUGGUGACGGGCACAUCGGUGUUGGGUGUAAAGUUCACCGGCGGUGUCAUGAUCGCUUCGGACAUGCUGGGCUCAUAUGGCUCCUUGGCCCGUUUCCGUAACAUCUCCCGCCUCAUGAAAGUCAACGACAACACUAUCCUGGGCGCCUCUGGCGACUAUGCAGAUUACCAGUACCUCAAACAAAUCAUUGAGCAGAUGGUAAUUGAUGAGGAGCUUCUAGGAGAUGGCCACAGUUACAGCCCCAAGGCCAUACACUCCUGGCUGACCCGUGUAAUGUACAACCGCCGGAGUAAAAUGAACCCACUCUGGAACACAGUGGUCAUCGGUGGAUUCUAUAAUGGUGAAGGGUUCCUCGGCUACGUUGACAAGCUGGGAGUUGCUUAUGAGGCACCAACCGUGGCAACAGGCUUUGGUGCCUACCUUGCCCAGCCCUUGAUGAGAGAGGUGGUGGAAAAAAAGGCGGAGAUCACAAAGGAUGAGGCACGGGCGCUGGUGGAGCGCUGCCUGAAAGUUCUCUACUACCGCGAUGCCCGCUCCUACAACCGGUAUGAGAUUGCAAUCGUGACAGAGGAAGGAGUGGAAAUUGUUGGCCCCUUGUCAUCAGAGACAAACUGGGAUAUUGCACACAUGGUCAGUGGUUUUGAAUGAGAGCAGCGGUUGUUUGUCUUUACUUCCCCACAUCUGGAUGAGCUGUUGGUUUCAGCCUCACUGAGGAUAUAACUUAAUGUAGAACGGCCAUCACCCUUUUUGCUUUCGUCUCUUUUGUAUAACAAUAAAUAUGUAAAACAAAAAAGAU